CUUUUUAUCGAACCGAGCCAAAAGAACCGUCUCUCUAAAAAGAGCCGACAUUUCCAUCACGACUGGCUAAAUGCUGAAUGGUGACUCAGCUGUUUAAUAAGUACGCAUUGGAAAAGAGUUUUCUGACGUCGGGUAUGUUGGUGUGCGUGUUUGCUACGUCACGCCUCGUGGGCGGGGCUUCGCUGAAUAUUCAUGUGCGCGUGGGAGCUCCGGUGCUCGAGAGAGAAAGCUGAAAGGAGGCUCGGCUCUCCAGCGGCUGGAUGAGGAUGACGGCCGUUCCCACAUUCAUGUGAAUUACCGCCACCGUCGAGCCUGCCACUCGCAACCGGAGCCCAGAGACCGAGUGACGUCCUCUGUGGCCGCCGGUACCGCGGCCGGGUGUCAGGACGAGCUGUUUGGGACGUUUUGUUUCAUGACUUCUUACCGGCACGUGCGCAACUAUAAUAGGCUACAAUGAUGGAGUCUAUCUUGGACACUUUGACAGCAGAUAAACUUUACUCGUCCGGAAGCACCAACCUGUUGGACCUGGAGGAACUCAACGACGGAGAUUUCCUCACCAACGUGCCUUUCUCGGGUGACCAGAUGGAGGACUUCAGCAGUGAGCUAUUCAGCAGUUUCUUUGAGGACCACCUGCUAGAGCGCCCCCUGCUGGCAGACCGACAUUCACUUCUACACAUGGACAUCGACAGCAGCCCAGAUAUCCAAGCGGAGCACAGCUAUUCUUUGAGUGAAGACUCCGCCCCCCAGAGCCCUGCCCUGUCAGUCAAGAUGGACCAAGACUCGGAGUUUGAAUGGAGCUUCAGUCAGGAUCUGUCAGCCAUCUUAGUGAAACAGGAGGACCCUGAUGUGGGUCAGAGGUCAGAUCCACAGCCUGUGGACGGCCCAGCUUUCAUCCUAAGCCCUGCUCCUCCACGAAGAGGAUCGCCGUGGAGACACACAGUGCACAGUCCGGAUGAUGUCAAGCCGGUGGCUAUUAAAGAUGAACCGAGAGAGAUGGGACAGUACCUCAGCCUGGCUAGCGACGACGCCCUCCAGCUGCCACCCACUCCGCCGAGCAGUAACCACGGCGACAGUGACGGUUCCCUGCCACCCUCCUCCCCCCACCCCCCUCUGCCGCCGUCUUCCCCGCAGCCCCAACAGAGGCCAGGGGGUCGUGGCUCCUUGUCCUCCUCAUCUACAGCCAUCUCAUCUUCACCUCUACUAACCGCACCACACAAGCUGCAGGGUUCCGGACCGCUCAUGCUGACAGAGGAAGAAAAGCGGACUCUGGUCGCUGAGGGAUAUCCUGUACCCAACAAACUUCCUCUCACCAAGAGUGAAGAAAAGGCGCUGAAGAGAGUCAGACGAAAGAUAAAAAAUAAGAUCUCAGCUCAGGAGAGUCGGAGGAAGAAGAAAGAGUAUGUGGAAUGUCUGGAGAAAAAGGUGGACAACUACACGUCAGAAAAUGGCGACCUGUGGAGAAAAGUGGAAAACCUGGAGACUGCCAACAGGAGCCUCCUACAGCAGCUGCAGAAACUCCAGUCGCUAAUUUCAGGGAAAGUUGUCCCCCGCUCUUGUAAAAUAGCAUCAACUCAAACAGGGACGUGCCUCAUGAUGAUGGCCUUGUGUUUUGUCCUGGUUUUGGGGUCCUUCUCUCCUUGCCUCUCCUCCCUCUCUUUCGUCACUCAUGUCUCGUCCCCUCCCUCGACCCAGUCAGAGGAUCUAUACGCCACCAGUCAGGUCCGUUCCCGCAGCCUCCUCUUCUUCGAUGAAGACUCUCCGCUGGAGGACACAACAGCGACAUUACUAGUGGAGAGUAUAGAGUCACAAAGUGGCUUUCAGACAAGCCGCUACACAGCCGACGCCCACAGGAACGAUACAAGAGGGCCCAAGUUGGACCACAGAGAAACGAAACCAAAAGAGGUUUCAGAAUUCUUCUGACAGCGUGACCCAUCGUUUUGUCACAUCCCAGGAUCCCGACUGCAAUAGCCGCUCCCUCCGAUUCAUUGCACCCCCGCCCAUACACCUGCCCGUAUUUAUUAAGAACAUCUCACGUUGCAACUUUGAAUCAAGUGACAUCAUAGAUCUCAUUCACUUCAUGUAAGCACAUAAACACCUCCACUGUGGGUUUCUUCUUCAGCGUGUUUUAAAGUCAGCAUGCUGGUGUCCUUCAGGACAGGAAGUCAUUCAAGUGCCUUCCUCUCGCCUUUCUCCACUUGGCCUUAAACAAAAGGUUUAGAGAGCCAACCAAAGACCCCCAGUAUUAAGACAAUGUAACGUUUUUAACAGACCAGUUCAUCUACCUAUGUGUGGCUGUGAAAUCUGUGUGACACCCUUUGAGGUCCAACUUUUCCAUUUCAUCAGCCUGAAUUCAUUUAUAUUGUUCCCCCCCCACCACCGCCAAAAUAUAAUCAUGUUCCUGUUGGAGAGGUCUAACAGAGGGUGACACACAACUAUGUAUUUUUAUGGAUUUAAAACUGUACUGUAUAUAUAAUAUAUUUGCAGCAUCAAAAUCAAGCAUAUUUAAAUUAUGCAACAAAAAAAGAAUAAACGUAUUGUUUUUAAGAUUACUUUAUAUUGUCUUGUUUUUCUAAAUAAUGUAAAAAAAAAAAAAGCCACAAAAAUAACAAUAGUUUUGCAAGCAUCAAGAAAGAGCAUAUUUGCUUUUUUUGUUGCAUAAUACAAUGACAUGUUGUGUUGACCAUUGGGACUGUGUAAAGAUGAAGAUGGUGGUGUGGUAGUGUAAGUGCUCUGUGGGGUUGUGGGGGGUUGCUGUACUGUACAGUAAUUCUGUUUUACGUUUCACUGCUAUUGCACCAAAAUGCCAUUUUCCCCCCUUAAAAUGAAAGAAACAUUGACAUGUUUGCAAAAUAUUCAACAGGAAUUGCCCCCGAUUACCACAAUCGAACUGGAUUGCGGUAUUACAAAUUAUGUCUGUGCGACAGUAGUGUGUCUUGUAUUUAUUUGUAUUUGUAGAAAGUGUUUAUUGCUGAAUUACAUUCCUGGAUGUGAAAAACCACUACCAUCCUUAAAAGAACCUGAGAUAAAAAUGUUCUCCACCACUACUCAUCAUUUGAGAAUGAAAUGUACACAUUGCAGUGCACUCUGGUCCCAAAAGACGACAUUCAACAGACCUGUCACACUGUUUUGUGUAUGGUUUGGUCUACUCACAACAUGUCAUACGUCAGUGUACACACAGUAUAUUGUGUGCUCUUGUAAAUAUGAGCCCAACCGCUGGAGACAUGUUGCAAAGCCAUCUGUGUUUUUUAAUGGGUUAGGAAGAUUGAUGGAGGGGUUGGGUCACUUUUUCCCAAACGUGGACAACAAUGAAGCUAAACUGUCUGGACAUCUGGCUCACAAAUGCUUGAGGAGAAAAUCAAAUCAAGCAAUUUCCACAGAGGAUUGUUGUUAUUGUUUGUUGUACAGAACCUUGCAUGUUCCUCCGUAUAUUCCCAUGUUAUCGUAGUGUAGUCAGUAGAGUAGAAACCAGCAAAAUAUUAAAAAUCUGCAUCAGCAUCGCCGUGUCUGUGGAGUUGCUUGCUUCUGUGUCCGUCCAAUGUGAGCGCCAAGCACACAUUAGCUGAAGUGCUUGAGGAUGAGCUG